CUCCCUGUCACAAGCGACAAGAGCGCAGGUGACUGAAACUCAACACGAAACAGUGAAGUCACAUCUACAUCUGGAAGAAGUCAAUGAAAGUAAGGAAUAUUAACCGCUAAAGUCGAGACAGCAAUGGCGCUGACUGAUUUAAAGCCACGGCCCGAAGCAGCGCGACGAGGAUGAAGUAAGGGCAUCGCUUCGGUGAAAGAGGAGAAACUACGGGAACAGUUGCCCACCACGGAGAACUUGUUUUAAGUUUGUACUUUCUGACCUUCACAGGGAGAUUUUGUGCCAUAAGGACGAGAAGUCAUCACUCCAAGCAUGGCGUCUCGUAUCGGCUUACGUCUGCAACUCAUGCGUGACCAGCUGCAGCAGGAGGAGCAACGUGAGAGGGAACAGCAGCAGCAAGCAGCCAUGCACUACAUGCAGCAACGAAUGCCCAUUCCACAGACUCCUGCAAUCAACACUCCUUUACACUUUCAGCCUCCAAUGCAAGUGCCUGUGGAGGUAUUAAAGGUGCAAACUCAUCUGGAGAACCCAACUAAAUACCACAUUCAGCAGUCCCAAAGGCAGCAGGUGAAGCAGUACCUAUCUGCCACAAAGCAAACUGUACAGGCAAUCCCUGGGGUUCAGCCCUCUCCCCCACCAGCUGGGCCUCCAACACACAUGCGGUCAGAACACUUCAGUGCCCCCAACAGCCCUAUGGCCAUGCUGAACAUUAACUCCCAUCCUGAAAGAGAGAUAGAAGAAGUAAUUGAUGAUAUCAUUAGCUUGGAGUCCAGCUAUAAUGAUGACAUCCUCCCGUACUUUGAACCUGUCGUGCAGAUGCCAAAUACACUACCUCUGUCCAGCAGCCAUUUAGAUGUUUAUAACAGGCAGAGUUUGACAGGUCCCACCAUUGGUAUGACCAGCAAUUCAUGCCCUGCAAAUAUUGCCAUCAAAAGAGAGAUUUCAGAUGCAGAGGCGCGAGCUCUGGCCAAGGAGAGACAGAAGAAAGACAAUCAUAACCUUAUUGAAAGAAGGAGGAGGUUUAAUAUCAAUGAUCGCAUAAAGGAACUUGGAACCAUGAUCCCAAAGACUAAUGACAUGGAUGUACGCUGGAACAAAGGCACGAUUCUUAAGGCAUCAGUGGACUACAUAAAAAAAAUGCAGAAAGACAUGCAGAGAUCCCGGGAGGUGGAGAACAAUUUCAGGAAACUGGAAGUGACUAACAAACAGCUCUGGCUAAGAGUUCAGGAGUUGGAGAUGCAAGCCCGAGUUCAUGGCCUUCCCUCCAGCUCCCCACUGGCAGGCGGUGAAGCAGGGAUGUUGAAUCCUUUUGUCAACCAGGAGAUAGCACCCGAAGAGAAGCCAAUGGUUAGUUCACUCCAGCAGCAAGCACAUGCAAUGGUAUCACAACAGCAACCUGUCAUUGAACAGCCUUCCUACCCAAGUGGGGCCCAGACUUUUGACUUCAAUCCAUCACUAGGGCUGGGUGAACACCCUACCAGCUACCAGGAAGCUUUGCCGCACCUUACUGACCUGUCAUUUGCAUCUUCCGAAAAAAGGAAUAUUGACUUUAUGCUUUUGGAGGAUUCUUUGUCCCCUCUUGGUGUGGACCCUCUACUUUCUGCCAUGUCCCCUGAGGCCUCAGUGGAUAGCAGUCGAAGAAGCAGCUUCAGCAUGGAAGAUUCUGAUAUCCUGUGAUAUUCUUGAAAGAUAACAUAUCAACCACAUAUAUACCACCCCCCUGUUUGCAUGGCACCAUUUGGACCACAAAAAGUGAUCUGUGGAAUGUUUUAUCAGGUUAUUAUCAAGGUUAGGGCUGUGAUGGGCAGGAAUAGACAUUCAUAAAAGACCUCCUGCAGAACUUAAAUCAACACGCUGAUGAGCAUAUGAAGGAGCCCAGGCAGGACAAGGAUAUGCUACCUGGGGAUCAAAACGGAGCAGCAUUGCAUCCUCUGAGGGCAAUGUGUUAAACUUAUAAAAAAAUAUGACUCUGUAUAUAUGUUUGUGUGCAUGUGCUUGUCAAUGUGUGCACAUGUACAGACAUACACACAAACACAUGCAGUGAACAAUCUGAAUAAUAUAAAAUCUCUGUUUUGAAUUAACAAUGGAUUUACACCGGCCUGAGAGAAACCCACAAAAUUACUAAAAGAGUGCUUUUAACAGUGAGGGCCUGCACAGGGCAAUGUCGUAAAGCAAACAAAAAAAAGAGGAAGUGAUGAAAUGGUGUCAAAGACCAUAGGUUUAAAAAAUUAAAAUUAUUAUGGAUAUAAUA